AUAGAAAUAACAAUAACCAAUCUAACAUCCUAGAGAGUGAAAUUUUUUCAAUAUUAACAGGAAAAGACUUAAUUGAUAGUUAUAGAAUCAUACACCCUGAUUCCAGCGGUUUUACGUGGAAAAGAGAUAAUUCGCAAGAACAGAGCCGAAUUGAUGCUAUCUGGAUCCCACAACAAUGGGAAAAAAAAUAA